CAAGCAAAAACGUUUUAUAGCUAUAACUGUAAUAAGAAGCUGCUCCUGACUCAACAAAUCUUGGAAAUUGGUUUUUCUUGUUAGUGGGUCUAUAUAUUCUGAUAUUUUCUGCCUAAAUAAAAAUGUCGCGCUCUUUUUCAGUCAUUGUUUUAUGCCCUAAUGGCAGACGAGAAACUGUAAAAACAAGUUCAAACAGCAGUGUGUUACAGGUUUUAGAAGAAGCUUGCAGUAAGCAAAAUUUAAAUCCCGAGGACUUUGAUUUAUUUCAUUAUAAAAAAGCACUGGAUCUAAGUUUACCUAUUCGUUUUGCAAAUUUACCAAAUAAUGCUUUGUUGGAGUUGCAGCCUGCCAAAAAUGCAAGAAAAGAUUGCUUAGUUACUAUUGCUUUACAAUUGGAGUCUGGAGAAAGGUUGAUGGGUGAUUUUAAGCCUGCAUCCACUUUAUUUGAUAUCCUUAAACAGUUUUUAGGCCCAGAUGCAGUUACUCUUAAAGAAAAAAGCGAACCAGUAUGUGUUUACAUGCGCCAACAGAUUUCUGGUGAAGCCAUUAAAUCUACAACUUUGCGUAGUCUAGGAUUAACAAAAGGAACAGCUAUUAUAAGAUUGAUGUUUAGAGAACUAGAGCAACUAGAUAGUCAGGCACAUGUAUCUAGCCCUUUAACACCACGACCAGUUCCUGAGCUAUUGCCAACUUCUAUUACAAACAAAUCCUGUUAUUCGGAAAAAUUAGUUGAAAGUUCAGAGAAUAAAAUCAAUACUGAAAUGCCUGCACAAAAUGAAUUUAAGGCUGGCAUGCUACCUAAAGAAACACCAAAACAACCAUGUGAAUCAACAUCUAAUAACAAAAGAGCUAUUGGUGAAAUGUCUCCACCUUUGUUAGAAAGUAAAGAUAUAUCUGAUAUUAAAAAGAGCAACAGGGAUGUUGAGCAUAAUAAUGUUCCUUCUUGUAACAUUCCUGAUCAAAAUGAGAAUAAAAUUUUACAUGAUUUAAAUGCUAAUGGAAAAAGUGCUUGUGCUAUUUUUAAAGCUGAAACUAAAACAGAAGAAAUGGAAUAUGAUUUAAGUAUUGAAGAUGUUGAUGUAGGAGACAUUAACUAUAUUGGUGAUAGACAUGCAGUACUAUAUAGUUUAGAUGAUAUUACAGAUGUUAAGAAAGCUGAUUUGCCUGAUGAGUUUUUUGAGCUGACUGUUAAAGAUGUUAGAUAUUUGAUGGAAGAAUAUAAAAGAGACAGAAACCUAAUGGAAAGUCAGCCUCUUUUAACCAAAGAACAGAGAGACAGACAAUUGUGUCAAAAGUUUUCUACUUAUAGUCAAACAGUUAUUCGUAUUUAUUUCCCUGAAAAAUUAGUUUUGCAAGCAGUUUUUAUGAUUACAGAAACAGUUGAAACUGUAUGUGAAUUUGUAAGAAAUUAUUUGGAAAAGAAGGAUAUUUGUUUUUAUUUAUAUACUACUCCACCAAAAGAAAAGUUAAUUUAUUCAAAAACUUUGUUGGAAUGUUUACUGGUUCCUGCUGCAGUAGUUCACUUUGGAAGUGAUGUUCAGCUUCCACAUUAUCUCAAUACCAGCUUAAGGCAAAAGAAAUCUGACCCAAGAGCUGCUGCUUUAGCUGCUGCACAAUCUAGGAUGGAAAGUGUUGCAACUAUGGAUAUUGAUAAAUCUUUUCCUUGCACAAGCACCUCAAUCCCCUUAGAGAAUUCUUCAGCAACUACUUCAACUUUGAAUGAGUCUUCAAAUUUAAAUUCAGUUCCUCCAAAGCCGGGAGCAGUCCCAAAAUGGUUAAGAUUAAGUAAAAAAUGAAGAAAAAAAUGAAAUUGUAUAAAUUUAUAUUUUCUUAAAUAAGCAAUUUAGUUAUGUGUUAACUGUUUGAAAUGUUGAUAAUAGCCUUUUGUGUAAUCCAUCAUCAGGUCUUGAGUGCAUUCUGGCAAAUCCUUUGUAUACAUACCUGGAAUAAAAAUAUAUUUGUUUUGUAAUAA